AUGUCGUCUCCGCUGGACGAUUGGCUCUGGAUUUUGCGGGGGAACCCAGGCGCUACUAUGACGUCCACGUCAUCUUCACGAUGGUGGGACAGCUUCUGGCCCUGCUAUAGCUGCUGCCAGAGGAUAUGGAUACCAUCACUGGGCACCUUCAGUCAUCAAUGCCUGGGCGUUGUGGGCCACGUUCCGUUAUGGAUUGCCUUGCUGACAGUAACACUUCGAUAUGGGCUUGGCCUGGUGUGGUCAAGGUAUCGCCCAACCUGGUUACGCAGAUUUGCCGCUGAGGAGACGACAAUCUUUGCUAUCGAUCAGGAAACGGGCGACUCUUUGGGAGUCAAAAGGUCAAAGUGGACGAUAUGGAAUUUGUCACUCUUGUUGUUGUCUGUUGGAGCUCCCCUGUUGGGCGUUAUGGCGGCAGUCAUCUGGCCGGAAAAUGCUCAGUUUCUCUUGAUGCCCGUGGGGCCAGCUGUCAUAUCUAGCACGAUGCUCGUCCUCGAGCGUCCAAGGACCCUUCCAGGCGCCGUCUUGAUGAUCCAAGGGGCUUUACUUCUGGUGGAACUAGCCUUAUUCAUUGUGGUUCCCGAUAUUGCUGGCAAUGGCUGGCCCUCGACGGCUGUCUGGGUUGGCGAACUAUCUCUGACCUUCGCCUCGAUACUCGUGAUGCUGAACAUGCCGUUGAGGGAACCCUACGCGGAAAGUACCGGAAUCAGCAAGCCAUUCACAGCACCAAGCCCUGAUGCUCGCAGUCCCGAAGAUCUCAUCACAGCCUGGCAGUGGAUGACUGUGUCGUGGUUAAGCCCAUUGAUGAAGCUCGGGUACAGUCGGCAACUAAACGACGAUGACGUGUGGUUUCUUGCCCUUGAAUUUCAACAUGGAAGAUUACACACGCUCUUUCGAGAGCUCACUGGCACCGUUCUCGUCCGUCUGCUAAAGGCGAACGGCCUCGACCUCGUGAUCACGACAUGUCUGGGAGUACUCGAAUGCACGGUGGAGCUGAUCGAGCCUGUUCUGCUGAAACAGUUGCUCGGUGCACUGUCGUCCAGCCCGCCGGAUAAACGAACCGCGAUGAUCUAUGCGGGCCUCACGCUGUUUGGGAGGCUAGUUAAGGCACAGUCGUCUGUGUUUAGUAUUUGGUUCUGCCGUCGUAACUACGAGCGCUCUCGCGGAGAGAUGAUCACCAUGAUAUACGAAAAGACGCUUCGUCGGAAGGCCUUCACUUUUCCCGGUGGCGGUACCGACUCCAUCGAGGGCGCCUCCCAGGCUCAGCCCGAAUCUCCGUCCGAUGGCAUCUCCUCGGAAACCACACUUACAGACAGUGAGUCUAGGCACAGUGACGACGCCGAUAAAGUAGAGCCAACCCGAUACCAGCGGCUCGCGGCAUGGUUCCAUCACCAUUACCAGACUAUCAAGCCCUUCAUUCCUCAACUCAGAACGAUCAAGACCAAACCUGACGACUCUCCCUCCUCGACCGGCAAGAUCAUGAAUAUCUUGCGCAGCGACGUAUACGACGUGGCACAGCGCUUCUGGGAGGUACCCGAUAUCUUUACCAAGCCGUUCAACUUUUUGUUCUCGGUCUACCUUAUUUGGAAGAUACUUGGGCCCGCCGCGCUAUCUGGUGCCCUUGUUAUUCUACUCGGUAUGGCCGUCAACGUUCUCCUUAUGAAGGUCUUUGUCAACAUCGAGAGAGCUCGCCGGUCAAUCACGGACGUCAAGCUUCAAAGAACCUCGCAAUUUGUCGAGUCCAUCAGACAUUUACGCUGGUAUGACUGGCAGGACGCCUGGUUGGAACAGAUCAUGGACAGCAGGAGGGCCGAGCUGGUCAAGAGAGCCACGGCCAACAUUGUCUCUCUCUUCAUCAAGACGAUCAACUCGCUGGUCGGCUUCUUGUUUCCUUUGGCGGCCUUUUUGGCUUACACACUCAUCUCCAAGAAACCUUUGACCGUGGAUAUCGCGUUUCCGGCGCUGGAUCUGUUUGGAAUGUUGGAAAGCAGUCUGCGGGAGAUGCCGCAAAUGUUCCAGACGUUGCUGAAUGCCAGGGUGUCGAUGCAAAGAAUCGAGAAGUUUAUGACGGAACCAGACAGGGAGAAUGAUGACUGGGACGGGCAAGGUGGGGAAGGGUCGGAUGGUCCUCUUGGAGAACUGGAGAUUGCGGUGGAGAGGGCGUCGUUCUCAUGGCCUGGGGCGACGAAGGAGGUCCUCAAAGAUGUCACGCUUUCGUGCAAAGCCGGUUUGACCAUGGUCUGCGGGAGAGUUGGUAUCGGCAAGACGGCACUUCUUCAGGCGGUUUUAGGUGAGCUGGAUCAACAUGGCGGUGAGAGAAGGGUGCCCAAGGAGGUUAUUGCCUAUUGUGCCCAAUCACCAUGGUUGGAGAGCAUGAGUAUCAGGGACAACAUUUUGUUCUGCUCGGUCUACGACAAGGCGCGGUUUGAUCAGGUCAUCGAUGCUUGUUGCCUGCGGGAUGACCUUGACAAGUUCAAGUCCAAGGACCUCACGCUGAUUGGCGAGAACGGGGUGGGCCUGUCUGGUGGACAGAGGGCUCGCGUGGCUUUGGCCAGGGCUCUUUACAGUCGCGCUCGUAUCUUGCUGCUGGAUGAUCCCAUUGCGGCAUUGGAUCACCAGACGGCAACGAGCAUUCUGCAGAAUCUCUUUGCCAACAGGCAGGCCCCUCUGACAGCUGGACGGCUGAUCGUUUUUGUAACUCAUCGAGUAGAUAUCGUCAAACGCUACGCCUACCAAGUUAUUGAGGUUGUCGAGGGUGGGAAAGUUCAAACGUACAGCAUGGCGGAGCUGGAGAAUAAUGAAAGAGAGCUCGAACACCUGGCUGCCUUGGCUGCUGCUCAAGAACAGGAGGCUGCUCCCGCCGACAAUGGGGGAGAGGGGGAAGAGCCAGUGCCCGACAAGUUUAUCCAGGACGAACACCGCGUACAUGGCGGCGUGUUGAUAUCGGUGUACUGGCGAUACAUCAAGGCUGGCAGGAUUGCCUGGUGGUUUACCAUGAUCGGUUUCUUUAUUGCAUUUAGGGCUGCCAAGGUUGGCUACUUUUGGUUCCUCAAGGAAUGGGGUGAGGGAUACGAUGACAAGCCGGCGAAUGCUCACCACCUACAUGCUCUUGGGCUGAGCGGUCACCCAGACGAUCUUCAACAAGCAGUCUUCUCUCAACACGUCUUCCAGCAAUCUCGAGUUGGUGGCUUGAAGAGCUGGUUUGACUUGAGUCGUUAUCUACCCUCGCCAGCCGACAACGUGAUGCCCUGGGCUGUCGGCCUCCUGGUGCUCUCCCUCAUCCAGGUGUUUACAGUAACGUGCUCCGAUGUUGCCCUCGUGGGCAUCAUCUACGAAGCUGGCAAGAACCUGUUCCGCGAGACCAUGCAGCGCGUCUCCAACGCCACCUUCCGGUUCUACGACGUCACCCCAGUGGGGAGGCUGAUGAACAGGCUCACGUCUGACAUGGGCACCGUUGAUGGAAGCGUGGCCGUAUUGCUGCAGACUGUGACAUGGUCCACGUUUGCCUGGCUGUCUGCCAUCACUGUGAUUGCCACCAUCACGCCGUCAUUCCUUGUUAUUAGCGUCAUCAUGACAGGCCUCUUCUUCUGGAUUUUUGACAGCUUCCUCCCCACCUCUCAGUCAUUGCGAAGACUCGAGACGGUGUCGUUAUCACCGCUGAUGUCCAACUUUGGCACGCUCCUCGAAGGGCUCGCGACGGUUCGCGCCUUCCGGGCCCAGUCACACUACCAAAACCGCAUCGUUUUCACCACCGACUCCUUCCAGCGAAUGGACCACUUUUAUUGGUCGUUACAAAGCUGGCUUCAGUACCGCUUCGACUUGCUCUCCGCCUUCACCACCUUUGCGUUGACCCUCACGGCCGUCCUCUCAGGUCUCUCGGGUGGUACCGUGGGGUUUGUUCUUGCUUCGGCGGCGAACUUUGUCAGGUCGACUCACAGCCUCUGUCGUCGGUAUGGCGAGCUGCAGAUGCAGUUUGUCAGCGUCGAGCGCAUCGUUGAGCUGCUGAGUCUGGAGCAGGAACCCAAGGGGAGCUUCAAACCGCCAGCUGCCUGGCCUUUGUAUGGGGAUGCUAUUGUAUUCGACAAUGUUACUUUGCGGUACGCGCCAGAGUUUGAACCCGUGCUCAAGAAUGUCACCUUUGCCAUUCCAGGCGGCACUCGCAACGUGGCUGUUACUGGUCGCACUGGGUCAGGAAAGAGUACACUGGCAUUGAGUCUACUGGGGACAUUACACCCCGACGCGGGUACAGGGGGGUCAAUCCGCAUUGGCAACGUCGACCUUGCAGACGUUGACAAACACGCGCUGAGAAAGAACAUCACAUUUGUCGCCCAAGACCCGGUUCUGUUCGCCGGUACACUAAGGGAUAAUCUCGACCCGCUUGACGAGAGAGGGGAGACCGAACGAGCGGAUGUGUUGCAACGGGUGCUGGGGAUGUCGGGGGAUUUCACGCUCGACAGUCCGGUGGAUGGAGGGGGAAAGAAUUUGUCUCAGGGGCAGAGGCAGCUGGUGGGGUUGGGAAGGGCGAUUUUGAGGAGGAGCCCGGUGGUGAUUAUGGAUGAGGCGACGGCGAGUAUUGACGGGGAGACUGCGAGGUAUAUCCAGCGAUUGUUGAGGGAGGAGCUGAGGUAUUCUACCGUCAUUACGAUUGCGCACAAGGCGGAGGCGGUGGAGGGGGCGGAUUGGGAGGUUGUGUUGGACAAGGGGGAGGUGGUGAGAGCUGGGCCGACGGGAGAAAGUUGA